AGAUCGAUGAAACCCUAACCCCAAACAGACGCAGCCCGUUCCUCAUCAUCACAUCCGACGUCGGUCUCAAAUAGAGUAUCCGGUACACUUGAGCUCGUUCCUUAGUCAGAUCUGUGACCCACGAGUCCGGUUUAGAAACUUUCCGGCAAGGUGAAGGGUGCUCCGACGAUAGUGAUGGCGGUUGGACUGGUUCGAUUGCUAUCAUGGUGUCCAGAUGGGUUCAAAUGGAUGAUGUGGGAAAUGUUGUUGAUCAGGUAAAAGCACCUUAGGUUUGGAGGGGUUCGGCCAACUCAGAUUUGGAGGGGUUCGGACAACUUUAUCAGAAUCUCGAAGAGUGAGCGGAACGUACGUCAUGUCUGCUUUUACGUGAGCAGCUAGCUGCCUAUCAUCAUCAUUCAUUAGAUAUCCCUUUAAGAGAAUCAAACCACAAAUCUAUUCCAUUCUCCCUCAAAGAAAAACCCUUCAACUUCAACAACAAUGGACAACAAGAUCUCCGAAUCCGGUGAUAGUAUCAAAGUUAUCGUCAAGGAUCAGCAUGAUGUUAAGAUGUAUUUCAUGAUGAAGAAAGAUGUCCCAGUGAAGAAGCUUUUGCUCGACUAUUGCAGGCGACAAAGACUUGUUUUUCGAGAGGUCAACUUUUUGCUCAACGGGUCUCGGUUUCAGCCUCACCUAACCCCUAAUGAGCUUGAAAUGGAAACCGGUGAUGAAUUUGAGGCUAUGUCGCCAGUGUUAGGGGGAGCCGGAGCCUAAUGCUAGGAGAGAGGCGUAUGACAUGCUAACACUUAUUUUGUGACGGAAGUCUCUCUAUACGUUAACUAUGUGACUUUUGUUAUGACGUUUAUAACCAGUUUGAUUCUGGGAUAAAUAGUUCUACAUUUAGGUA